CAGCUACCCAGGCUGGCUGCCUCCCCUUCCCUUGGCAGCCCCCAGCUGUGGUGUCAUCCCAGGCAUUCCCCUAAUAUAGCCCAUCACAACCCCGCCCCAGUUCAUUCCCCCUCUAUUUAUAGCUACUCAGUGGGCUCCUCUCAGGCCUAUUUUAAACCCGAGCAGCUGGUGCUGUAGACACCAGCGCCGGCUUCUUGGGCAGCUCCCAAGGGACCCGAGGCCCUCUUCCGGCGGCUCCCACAGCACGACCACUGGCAGAGGCACAAUGGCUGCAGCGGUUGCUGGCCCCACAGCGAUGCCCAGGGAGGCUGGAGAAGAUGCCAUGGUGAAGGCAGACACCUCUCCUCUCGGGGAGCCCAUCGACCUCAAUGGCAAUGACCUGGCAGAGAUCAACCUGCACUCGGUGGACUCCAUCAGCGACCUGUAUUGGGUGUCUGGGGGCCACAAGGCUGCGGAGGGGAAUGGCCUGUUUCAGUCCGCCACCCCACAGACCCCUCAGGCCCACUCCACCAAGCGCCGUGUGGCUGGGCCAGCCCUCCUGCCGACAUUGCGAGCCGUCCACACCACCCCCACCUGCCCCUGCUGCCGCACAGCCCUCUUUGCCCUGCUCGGCGCCUUGGUGCUGGCCAGCCUCGCCCUCGCCAUGCUGGCCGUGUACCUGAGUGUCCUGCAGAGUGAGUCACUGCGAGUCCUGUCCCAGUGGCUGGAGGCCCAGGAGGAGUCCGUGCGGCAGAUGAAGGCCACAAGCCUGCAGCUGUGGAAGCGGUUGAAUGUCAGCGAGGCCAGGGACUAAACAUGAGCCACGCAGCCUUGCCUGCUGCUCCCUCUGAUGGGGGAGGUCAGAAGCCAGGCACUAUCUCCUGCACCCCAGGGCAAGGAGACAGCCCCCCCUCUCUGCGGGGAACAUGGACUGACCAGGGGCCAGGCCGAGCAGUCCUGGCCUCAGGGGGCCAUUGCUGGAAUGCUGGGGUCUAGUGCAGCAGCAGGCAGCCUGCAAAGGACUAACGGGGGAGGGGUAAUGAGAAUCACCAUCAUUACUUCCCCCCCACCACCACAGACCCUAUUUAUUAUCCUCUCCAGUCACACCUUAUUUAUAACCCCUCCCCCUCUAACAGCAGCUUCUCCCCCCAGCACUAUUUAUCCUUUCUAAAUACAGAUUUUGUAUGUGACAAUAAAGCUGUGCUAGCACUCACCCCCAUCAACCCCCUCACUCCAACAGACUCAUGGGAGCUGGCUACUAGCUGCUUCGAGCAGGCCAGGAAGCUGCUGUGAUUGGAGUUCAGGGCAUAGCCCCCACCUGGGCUGGUUCUGCCCCCAAGGGAGAGGCCAUGCUCAGAGCCCUCCAGGUGUGGGCACCUGCCAAACAG